CGCUAAGCCCCGCCGCCCUCCUAAACUCAUUCCUUGCGUCGUCGCCUUACAGCUUUUGCAAGCAUCCAACUGGUCGCCUGCUGAUCCUCCUUCACCACAGGCUCACAGCUGAGGCAGCGGCGAGGUGUCCGAUUUGGGCACGUGAGCCUCUCAAUCCGGGACGUGACUCCUGCUUGCAGGCAUGAAGACCCCAUUUGGAAAGGCAACUGCAGGGCAGAGAUCCAGGACAGGCCCAGAACAUACCAGUGUAUCUGUUACCGUGAUGAAGAAGAAGGUUGCACAAAAGAAGCAAAGGAGCAGACUCACCUCCCAGCCUCGAAGGAAUAUCGUGGGUUGCAGAAUUCAGCAUGGAUGGAAAGAUGGAGAUGAACCCCUAACACAGUGGAAGGGAACCGUUCUGGAUCAGGUACCUGUUAAUCCCUCUCUGUAUCUUAUCAAAUAUGAUGGAUUUGACUGUGUUUAUGGAUUGGAACUUCACAGAGAUGAAAGAGUGUCAUCACUUGAAGUCCUUCCCAAUAGAGUUGCAUCAUCUAGAAUCAGUGACACACACUUAGCAGAAAUCAUGAUUGGCAAAGCAGUGGAACAUAUUUUUGAGACAGAGGAAGGUUCCAGAAAUGAAUGGAGGGGGAUGGUCUUAGCUCAGGCACCUGUAAUGAGCACAUGGUUUUACAUUACUUAUGAAAAAGACCCUGUAUUAUACAUGUACCAGCUCUUAGAUGAUUAUAAAGAUGGUGACCUCCGCGUUCUUCAAGAUUCCAGUGAUUCUCCUCCAGCAGAGAGGGAGCCAGGAGAAGUUGUAGACAGCCUAGUAGGCAAACAGGUGGAAUAUGCCAAAGAGGAUGGUUCCAAGAGAACGGGCAUGGUCAUUCAUCAAGUAGAAGCAAAACCCUCUGUGUACUUCAUCAAAUUUGAUGAUGAUUUCCAUAUCUAUGUCUAUGAUUUGGUAAAAACAUCUUAA